GAGUGCGCAAGGUCCUUUCUCUUGCAACUGGGUCUAUGUCAACCCUUGUUCUCAUCACACACUUAUUGUAUUCCACAGACGCUAUCUAGAACAAUGUCAGAAGGAGAGGAGCUUUCACCAGCAUCCCCGGUAGAUGAUUCAGACGUGUUGCUUUCACCGCCAUUCGACCCUGAACCUAUUCCUGGCUUGAACGGCGUGCCAGUUCGUUGGUAUGAUGCCGACCGCACGGAGUCGUACACACGAAUAAGACCGUUUCAAGAGAUACAUGAUACUUCUAUUGAGUUCUUCUAUAAGCCAAUCACGCUCACAGCGUUGGCAUUUGGCAUGGGAGCCCUAGCUUAUGUCGCGAUGACCCAGGAUGUCCUAGAGGAGGGCCGGGAUAAACGCCGAGUUGGCGCAUAUGCAGCUGCUGUCUCCUUUCUUAUGUUUUCGAUGAUCCAGUUUCGCGAUGGUCCUUUCAUCCGACCCCACCCAGCGUUCUGGCGGGUAGUGCUCGGUGUGAAUCUUUUAUAUGAAUUGGGUCUUGUGUUUCUCCUUUUCCAGGACUUGCAUUCUGCUAGGGGAAUGAUGACACUCCUUGACCCGUCGCUAAACGUGCCACUGCCAGAGAAAAGCUACGCGGAUAAUUGCGACCUGACCUCCCAAAAUAUAUGGGGUGCACUUGACAUAUUUUGCAUUGCUCAUGCUUUGGGCUGGUUUGGCAAGGCCAUGAUCCUCCGGGACUAUUGGUUCUGUUGGAUCCUGAGUAUCGCAUUUGAAUUUGCUGAAUAUAGCUUGCAGCACCAGUUACCAAACUUUGCAGAGUGCUGGUGGGAUCAUUGGAUACUCGAUGUCCUGCUCUGUAAUUGGCUUGGCACAUAUCUGGGAAUGAAAACUUGCCAGUACCUCGAAGUCAAGCCUUAUCAGUGGCGUGGCCUGAGGCAAACACGGGGUCUACGAUCUAAGGCACGACGAGUUUUGAGCCAAUUCUCCCCACACGAUUGGACAGCCUUCAAAUGGGAGGGUACAGCAUCGUUCCAACAUUAUGUUACGGUCGUGUUGCUGCUUGCCGUAUUUCUUGCGGCUGAGUUGAACCCAUUCUAUCUGAAGAGCUUGUUGUGGAUGGAUCCCGAUCAUCCCAUUAUUAUCAUGCGUCUUGCAGGGGUAUUUUUAUGUGCUUUACCCGCUGUGAGAGAACUGUAUCAAUAUAUUAAUAACCCGCGCAAAGCUGUACGGAUGGGUCAACACGUCUGGCUCCUACUUGCUACCAUUCUCACUGAGCUGCUUGUCAUCACGAAAUGGAGCCAGGGCCAAUAUCCCGAACCGUUGCCACGGCAUAUCAAAUGGGCGUGGACCGUAGGUGGGGCGUUAUUAGUCACGUAUCCUUUGAUCAGGUUUGGGGUUCCAAGCGCGAGGAGAUACAUUCGUAAACAUGCACGCAAUGGCAAGGUAAAGGCCCAAUGAAGAGGCCAUGGUUUAAACACUUUAAAUGUCUAUUGUUCCGCCUAAUCAAUACACUGUAGUUCUCUUUCUGAUCACAGCUAUUAAUAUCAUUAUUACCCUUCUCGUAGUUGAGCAUUGUGUCUUAUUGUCUGGUGGUCGGGUUUGCCUAAAGUUCUUUGUGCAUCGGUGGACUCGAACGGUCGAGCCCGGGGGUGACCGGACAGGAAUGUUCUGGUGGAUGCGGGUACAUAAGAUGUCAUUUGCUUAGUCAUUCGAAUUAAGUCGAUUUCA